AAUGGAUCCAAAAUUUCUCGUAGUAGAAAUAGACUCAAAGGAGCGAGCACUUCAGUUGGUUCAAGUUAUGCUAGAAAAUGGAUUUGCUCGAUUCAUGCUGUUGGACGAUCUUUCGCGACACCCGACUCUCGACAGAAUCCAGAGAGAAGAGCCAAGAAUUUCAAGAGAUGAACUCCGUGAAACAGCUUCAUCUCCUGUCACAUUUGAAACUCGACAUUCUCCAUAUCCAGUGCAUGAGCAAAAAGUUCUAUUUCCAUCGUUUUCACAAGUUUCGAAUUCAAUGGUGACAUCUACGGGCAUCCGACAGGAAGCUUCAAGUGUUGGUGUUGGACCGAUUGAAGACGACGAUAUUGUUGAGGAGGAGGAGGAAGAGGAUAUUCGACUUACUAGCAAGCCGUGUGUCAAACGCCGUUAUGAUCAUCACGCCGAGGAACAGGAGUAUAGAGAUCAACUGAUGAGCUUGUUGAGUGGAGAACCGGAAAUUGUGCCUAUAGGUGUCAACUCGAACGACGAACCAUCUGGCUCCAACUCGGAUUCUGCCGCGAAAAAGGCCAAAUCCGUCGGCGACUACCAUGAAUGUCAGCUCUGUGGAGUUCGAGUCAAAACGCCUAGAAGCGGUCGAUGGAAUCUCCAAAUGCAUGUGAUUGCUCUUCAUUGUGUUGGAAGACAAUAUAAAUGCAAGCAGUGUGAUUACUUGGACUAUCGAAAAUCAACGAUGAGAAAACAUACGGUUUCGCAGCAUGGAAGUGACAUUCCGCCGCAUAAUAUUACGGACAACAUAAUGAAAGCUGAAUGGCAUGCUGCAAUGAUAAAAUGUUUCCCUGAAUUUGCUCACAGAACUGGGUUCUUAAACUGAUUCAUCGCUCUCAUCGCCAAAUUAUUUAUUUUUUGAUACCAUUCCAAUUUAUUAUAUUCCUGAUAAAAAGUGACAAUUUGAUAA